GAGUGAAUCUCAAGAUAUUGAAAUCGAUUUACAAAUUGAUGAAGUCCGGAAAAGGCCAGCUAUUUGGGAUAUAGCUUCAGAAUCCUAUAAAAAUAAAAUUUUAAAACGACAUGCUCGGGAAGAAUUGAACAAAAUAAAAAACGAAGCUAUCACCCAAAUCCUCGUUUUUUAUUUUCACCUUGAGGCCUGAAUCUUAAAGUUAAUCCUUCUAAAAAUCAAGAAAUAUAAUAUGAGAUUUUUUUUACUGUCACUGUCACGCAUAAUCUUGUCUAGCAAAUAAAACUUCAUUGUAAUUUAUAAGCUGUGGCCCAGCAGUAUCUUCUACUAUUGUUUAACGCUUUUAUCUGUAGUCGUCUUUGUACAGUUUGGUACAGUUACUAUUUUAUAAUUUAUGAAUAAAUAUUAAAUACAAAACAUUUUAAAAUUUGAGGUUAUGUUUGUGUUCAUUUUCCUUUAAUCUUUUUAAAUUUUGCAAUUCAUUGAAUUAAGCCGGUCAAUUAACAUAGGCAUACAUAUAACUGUUAUCAUCUAAAAUGCCUACUUGGAACCAAAUUCAAUCCCAACUUCGAAAUCCGAACAACCCUGUGGUAUUUUUUGAUAUAACCGUUGGAACAACUGAAAUAGGCAGAAUGAUUUUUGAGCUAUUUGCUGAUGUUGUGCCAAAGACAAGUGAAAAUUUUAGAGAGUUUUGUACAGGAGAAUAUAGGAGGGAUGGAGUUCCACUUGGAUUCAAAGGUGCAACGUUUCAUAGAGUUAUUAAAGACUUCAUGAUACAAGGUGGUGAUUUUGUCAAUGGUGAUGGAACUGGUGUUAUGAGUAUAUAUGGAGGCAGUACAUUUGCAGAUGAAAAUUUUGCAUUAAAACAUGAUUCACCAGGCUUGCUUUCUAUGGCAAACAGUGGAAAAGACACAAAUGGAUGUCAGUUUUUCAUAACUUGUGCUAAAUGUAAUUUUCUUGAUAAUAAGCAUGUUGUGUUUGGAAGAGUAAUUGAUGGACUGUUAGUCAUGAGAAAAAUAGAAAAUGUGCCCACUGGUCCAAAUAAUAAACCAAAAAUACCUGUUACAAUAUCACAGUGUGGACAAAUGUAAAUAUAAAGCUUAAUCACA